CGAGCAUUUGUUUUAUUUGUGUGUGUGUGUGUGUGUGCGCGCGGUUCGGCUGAUCGGAAGCGGCGGUGGAAAGAGGGAGAGGCCUGGGCCUAUGCGAUAGGACCGGAAUUUCCAGCGGUUUGUAUUCACGGUGGCGGGGCGCGGUCGGAGGACCUGAUCGGAAUCCGGGGAGCUCCUUUCUGGUCGAUUUAUGUUCAGUAUUAAUUAAAGCUGCGAGUGCUCAAAUGAGGGGUGAAGUGAACGCUCCGAUGUGCCUAUAGCAGUGAGGUGAUCCAGGUUGAGGAUCUACUGAACGACUCUGGAGUCAUUGCACGUUGUGCUACACAAACGUUCCGCAGCACUCAGCCAUCGAGGUGGGUACAUAAUGUGAAUUAAAGCGUGAAGAUAGAUCAGCUAAGUAGAGAUCUACUCUUGCAGCCAAUAUCUGUAAGAAAAUAGAUACUCGAGUACACUUACCUCGAUGGCAGAGGAGGAAAGAACCAAAACCACAACUGUGCAGAUCAGACAUGGCCACUACCUUUCUACUAUUACAAACCAGAACAUGAACUUGCUUAUUCGAGGAGUCGUCCUUUUUUCUAUUGGUGUGUUCUUAGCACUUGUAUUGAACUUACUGCAGAUACAAAGAAAUGUUACUCUUUUCCCCCCUGAUGUGAUUGCCAGCAUUUUCUCUUCCGCUUGGUGGGUUCCACCAUGUUGUGGUACAGCAUCAGCUGUGAUUGGUUUGCUUUACCCAUGCAUUGACAGCCACCUGGGAGAACCACACAAAUUCAAGAGGGAAUGGUCCAGUGUAAUGCGUUGUGUUGCAGUCUUUGUUGGCAUAAACCAUGCUAGUGCUAAGGUGGAUUUUGCCAACAAUAUGCAGUUGUCCCUUACAUUGGCAGCACUUUCCAUUGGAUUGUGGUGGACUUUUGAUAGAUCUCGAAGUGGUUUCGGGCUUGGAAUAGGAAUUGCUUUUCUUGCCACAUUGGUCACUCAGCUUUUAGUCUACAAUGGUGUUUACCAAUAUACAUCUCCAGAUUUUCUUUAUGUUCGGUCUUGGUUACCUUGUAUAUUUUUUGCUGGUGGAAUAACGAUGGGAAAUAUAGGACGCCAGUUAGCAAUGUAUGAGUGUAAAGUUAUUCCAGAAAAACCUCAUCAAGAUUGAAGUACUGUUGUGGAAAUUUGAAGAUUUCAUAUGGACAAUAGGAGAUAAAGAUGAUAUGCCAAAUGAAUGUAAAAAGUUGUAAAUAAGAUUUCCUGUUUCAAAAUUGCAGAAAUUGCAGUUUUUUUCACUCUGCUACAUGAGCUGCAAUCUGUGAUUGCUCUUGGUAUAAAAUGCCCUGUAAGGCAUUGUGUAGCAAAUACACAUGCAACACCAUACAUCUACGUGCAACUCUGGAUUCAAUCUUAGUACAUGGAAAAUAUUCACUUAAAACCCAUGGAAAUACUUUGAAAUAUAACUGUGGAUGUGUGGUGCUAAACAAGUAUAUGAUUUCAUUGCUGUUUUAGUUUCAAUCCGGAUGGGCAAUAGUUUCAGAUUUUAUACUUUAUUUAAGAUAGUCAUUGAACAGAAUCCUCCAAUUAUUUAGCUAGUUCAAUUUUUAAAUAUCUUGAAAAUUUAAGUGUUUUUCCAGAAGUGUCAGCUUGCAUGUGUUCAUUUAUUAAUCUUUAAACUUCAGAAGAUUCAAUAAUAUUUGAAUGAAGUGCAAAAUUAGUAUUUUUGAUUUUUUUCAAAUAUAUUUUGGCUUAAAGAUAAUAUUUCAUGGUGCUGCCUGAGAAGGAAUGUCACAUCUGAACUUUUGGCUCAUCCCCAUUUUUAGAAUCCUAAUUGUAGCAAUAGAAAUAUGAUAUUUACAGAUGCAUGAAACUGCUGCAGCCAACAUAUAUGUGCACAAAUGUGUAAUGCUAUUGAAGCAAUAUGCUAGCUGUUGAUACUUCAAAAUAUUGUGAUCUCUGUGAUUAAUUAGUUUAGUGUGACUUGGACAUCACUUUCAGCGUAUUGAAGAUCGAUCUGCAUUUUCAUUUUACUUCUAAAAAUUUUACGAAUGCAUAUUACUACAUGUUUUGUUGACAAUAAGGUUUUCAUUUGUGGUGAGGACAUCUUACAUAGCAGCCAAAUGUAAAAUUAAUAAGCCUCUAAGUUAAAAUAAGAAAUUUGUGUACAAAAUGAUAAUGCAAAUUAUUCUUAUUUUAUCAAUUUUGUGGAGUUCUUUCAUUGGGCUUCUGUUUUUUUCCAAAGAAGACGUUCAUUUGUAAGUGGGAUAAAAUCAUUUAGCCUGCAGUAUUUUAGACUAAUUUAUUUAUAUUCUAUAUAUAUAUAUACUGAAUAUUCCAAUAAAAUAUAUAUUUCAGUAAA